UGAUGACAGCGAUAAUGUGUAUAUAAUGCAACUUUGGGUAGAAUAAUGACAAUGAUGCAUUCAAUUUUAAAUAACUGUAUUCUCAGAAUUCUUAAAUACAAUCAGUCAUAACUGAAAACUCUAUACGUAGUUAUUACGGUACUCUCGGUUUUCGGAACGUACCUUUAAUAUGCCCUUCUCUAUUUCUGACGUACUCAUCGACAUUUGUCCCUCUCGUCGAAACGGCCAAUGCGAAGUAUCCGAACGAUUGAUGUUAAUUUGUUGUGUUGAACGUUGUUGGAGAAGGUCGGUUGGGUCUGUCGAAAUUUUUCAUGUAGUCUUCUACGUUUUAUUGGUCAAUAUCUGCAUUACAAUUUUGUAAACACAAGAGAUUAAAAAAGUAUAGGCUGCAGUUUAUGUUUAUAUUAUCAUUUAAAUUAUUUCAAUCCAACGUAAUGGAAAUAAAUCCUUUGCUAAAAUUUGUUUCAAAGGAUGAUGAAAUUCAGUACUGGAUGAAUGUCGCAAAUCAAAUGUAUCAAAGAAAGGAGGAUGCGGAGCAAGAGUUGCAGGAAUAUCAAGUACAUUCACAGUUGCUGGAGAGGGAAUUGGAGACAUCUUUCAAUCAAUCUGAUAGAAGGAAUUGUGAAUUACAUAAAAUUAAUUAUAAACUGACAGUAGAUAACGAAGAUCUAAAAAAUCGUCUCGAUGAACAAAUUCAAAUAUACAGUACCCUACAGUCGGACGUUCAAAAUCUUAAAAUAUAUAAUGAAAAUCUGCUAAACCGUAUUCGAAAAUUAGAGCAAAACAAUGAUGAUUUAGAACGAUUCAACAGAGAAAAAACAGUAUCAGGAGAAGAAUUGGAAUCUCAAUUUAACAUGACUCUUGAAAAACUUGCAUUCCUCGAAACUGAAGUAGAUGAAAUUGAAAGUUUAAAAUGCAUUGUUCAACGAUUACAAGAAGAAAAUAGAGAUUUAAGGCAACAAAUACAAGUUGAACAUCAACAACGGAAUAUGAAUAUUCAAGAAGAUACGGAGAACGGAUAUUCACAAUUAGUCUGUUCUGCACUUCAAAGUGAUAACAAAAAAUAUAUAAUAAAUAAUGAACAGAUAGACGAACAAGAAGGACAGGAGGGUAAAGUGAUGCCAUGUGAUAUAUUAAAGUAUGUACGCGAGUUAGAACAAACAAUCGAGUGUUCACAACAAGUGCAUAGUGCAACUAAAGCAUCGGAAGAAAAGCUAAAAUGCAGAUUAAAUACAGCCAUUAAGAAGAUAGCGUCACUAGAGAAUGCAUUGAACGAAAAAGAUGGUUAUACUACUAAUACAAUUCGGCGAAUGAAGGAUGAAAAGAGAGAUAUGUCACAGGAUGUUGAUGUGCGACUGCGCAGACAUAAGGAUAAGAAUAUUGAUAAGAAUCCUCGUCCACGUUCCGACUCCAAUAAGGAUGAUAUUCAACGAAAUUCCAAUUCGAGUCGUUUAGGUCGUCACAUCGAGAAUAGAGUGAAGAAGGUGAAAGAAGAGGAAAAGCGACAACAAAAUCUAGUAUGGUUCUUGAAACGGUGGCGGUAUUCUCAUCUGAAUUGGUUACGCAAACGGGAACAAUAGAGAGUUGUCACGAUAGUUUGUUUUUCUUUUUUUUAAAUUUUUAAUUUUUUUAUCUUGGCAUUGAACGCUUAUGAUUUAGAAUUGAAUUUUUCCAUCUCGUCAACUUCACGAUUCGCACAUUUUCUCUAUUAUAAAUACAUAUUUUAUCUCGUA